ACGAGUAACUCGCAGUCUUUUCUGAAUCAGCUCUGAGGAUUGCGCGUGGCUGAUAAGAUGGUGAACGUUCCAAAGACCAGGAAAACCUUUUGUAAAGGCAAGAACUGUAAAAGACAUCAACUCCACAAAGUAACACAGUACAAGUCUGGUAAAGCGUCGUUGUACGCACAGGGAAAACGUCGAUAUGACAGAAAACAAAGCGGUUAUGGUGGUCAAACCAAGGUCGUGUUCAGAAAGAAGGCAAAAACCACUAAAAAGAUUGUACUAAGAAUGGAAUGUACAUCUUGUAAAACAAGAAAACAGGUUGCAAUCAAGAGGUGCAAGCACUUUGAAUUGGGAGGAGACAAGAAGAGAAAGGGACAGAUGAUCCAGUUCUAGAAGAAUUGACUGUAUGUCGCGUCCAACAGCUUAUUCUUGGUAUGAAUUGUAUUCAAACAAUGAUAUAUCAAUAAAAACGAAAGCGCAAUACAUAAA